AGGAACAAAGACUUUACAAAGCCAUUUGGGCUGUAUGAAAAGAAAGCUAGGUUUUGCCAAGUUCAGAAUGAACUUGAUGACUUGAAAGUGGAGCCAGGUAAUGGAUUUUGUUUUUCUUAAAAAAAACUUUGUGGUGAAUUGUAAAAUAUUGCAUUAUUGGCCAUACAGAACACAGGUUCUGCAGUGUGUGGUUUUUACAUUCAAAAUAACACUAAUUCUCUUGAAAGUGACUUCCUGUCAUUGAAGUUGUGAGAGAUGUUUUUGUACUUGGACUUUUGGAUUAUUUAAUACAAGAAGUUAAUCAAGAUUGCAGGGAGUGUUUUUUUUUUAUAGUAUACAUAUAGACUGUAGAUGUUCUUUAUACAGACUUCAGGAUUCUUUAACAGAGAAUGCAUACAGUCAUAUUUAACACAAUUUUAACAUGCCAGAUGGCUUGAAAGUGACUUUCAUUCAAUGAACUUGAAAAAUAAAAGACUGGAGACUUAUAGAGAUAUAUUUAUUUAUUGAAGUUAUGAACCUCAGGAUUAUUGAACACAGAAUGCAUGUAGUCCUUUUCAAGACGUGUUUUUCGACCAGUUAACAUGCCCAAUGACCGUCCCACAUAUUGUGGAGAGCGCCCUGCUCCCUUUUGGGUCGAGUAACCCACUGGGGGGAGUGCGGUCACGCGCCUGCUAUACACUGGCAUACUCGGGACGGCCCAGGCAACACAGCAUUCAGCUUCCACACCUGUUCCAGGGGCGGGGACCUCACUCGUCCACAUCGUCGCGCGUGUCCACGCGGGUGAUGACCAUUUCGUCAUCCGGACCGUUUCUCCAUGAUGCCAGUCUAGAAGAUGUUUUGGUUAUCAGAGGGCGAGGAUUGUCACGUACUCCCUUGGGUGAUCACCCCCCACCAGAACUUCAUGAUGGCAACAUCGUCGCUCCAUUCUUCCUGCAAAGUAUUCGCGAGCCAUUGUCGAGUAGUUCGACAACACCCACUAGUAGCGGUCGGUCGUCACCGUCGACAGAGGACAACAGUCUGUUGUCGACAUCCCAGGGUUCACAGGGCUACACCACGGAGAGGAGUAGCAUCGACUCGUCAUACACAUGGGCGGAAUUUUACCGCCAAGCAGCCAGGACAGUGACGCAACACCUGGACGUUAUCGAGGGGGUGUUGUUUGAAGGUAACAAUGAGAGCACACCCGACGUCCAUCAGGAGUGUCAGGAAUGGAGCUCACAGUUCCCACAUCUCAGAAUACUGGGUCGUCAGAUAUUGGCACCACAGGAAACUGGAUGGACAAGUAUUCCCAUGGAGGGAAUAGGCAGUGAUCUGCAAGAUGUCACUGAUAACGACACCAGCAUUUCAGCUGAUUCUCAGGGUUUAUCACUGACGGGUCGACAUGUAAGUGCCUGUAAGGCCCCCGUCGAGGCAGCAGCUCUUAUCUCUGAUCAGGGCCAUUCCGAGUACGCGUUCUUGGUAGAAGACAUUUACGUGGAGGACGGGGUGUAUGAGGAAAUCAUAGCCAUCGAUUAUAAAGACAUUCACGAAGAUCUAGACAACAAGAAGCAGAUAACGCCCCGGCGGCGGCGAAUUGGUUACCCACCCAUUACUCCGAAUGCCUGUCUCAAAGACAGCGUCACAAGUGCAGUGUUCGAUUUCAUGUGGCAAGAGAUUAUUUCUUGGAUGAGGACAGUGAUAAAAGAAUUCUCUAUUUUACUCGAGUCCAAGCUUCAUGGUGCCACACCACUAGGUUAUCCCUUACAUGACCCGACUCCCUCAUCUCGUGAACCAUCAUAUGCACUACAGCACAGGCAGCAUCAGCUCUACCCUUUACAGCGAGCUCACACACAUCUAGGAGGCAGCACUGACAACCAGAAAUCAUUUGAGGAUCUCUUGCACAUUUCUCCCAUAGCUCUCAAGGAUCGACAUGUACCCAUGGAUCCCAGCGAGUCGCAGGCAUUAACAACAGCCAGACCGGGAACCAGUCUACAGAUGAGACGCCCAAUGAGUGUGAGGCCCACACAGAAACCAAAAGGCCGUUUAGCUCCCCUUGCGAUUGACAGGUCAAAAACUCCCAAUGGUGAGGAUGAACGAAACACGCAAAUAGCCAACGAUGCUUUACUGGUUAAGAAAAUAAUGCCAAACAGCAUGAAUCGUCCAGGCUCACCACCCCCCAGUUCUGCAUUCCACCGAAAUGGAGCUCUUCCACCUCUGGAAAUGCUAGAUCCAUCUACGAGAAAAUACAGAGCUAGUAGUGCUAUAGAUAACAAAGAUAUCCGAGCCAAUAACUUCCGAGAACGUGCCAGUCUGGCUAUAGAUCCACGACCCAGCACAACAUUUGAAGUCCGGUCCGACAUGCAGUUUGUUGGGAUUGGCCGCCGGUCCUCCACUCCGUUAGGGCAGUAUAGUCAAAACACAAGAAAUCAGUUUCUUGGGAAUAAAACUCUUGGUAUUACGGGUAGCAGAGUGACUGGGUCGCAGCCACCAGACAUUGUAGAAGACCACGAGGGACCCAUGGAAGGCCAGGUCCAUCCACACUGGACAAAAGUAUCUCGAUGGAAUGUGGAUGAUAAAUAGUACAACUUCAAAUCCAUCGGGGAUGAAAUCGUACCGCAGAGGUCGAACAUCCAGUUCCCUGGUCCCCACGUGAUUCUGCUGAAUCUGUGCCGGUCCCCACGUGAUUCUGCUAUAUCUGUGCCGGUCCCCACAUGAUUCUGCUGAAUCUAUGCCGGUCCCCAUGUGAUUCUGCUCUAUCUGUGCCGGUUCCCACGUGACUCUGCUGAAUGUGUACCUGGGCACUAUAAGAGUUGUUAGUGCGCAUUUGUUGUAAGAUGAUAUCAUGUGUAUGCAGCUGACAGUGAAACUGUGUUUAGAGUGCUAGUCUUAUUGUAAAGAACAUUCAUGGAUACAGGAAACACUUACCUCAAAGAAAAAACUAAACAAUUCAUCUACCUUUUGUUCUCAGAGAUGAGUAUUGACCGUUUGAUGUCAAAACAGUUAUUGGACAUCUUGAUGUCAAAACAGGAUGUUAAAACAUUUAUUGGACAUCUUGAUGUCAAAACAGUUAUUGGACAUAUUGAUGUCAAAACAGUUAUUGGACAUCUUGAUGUCAAAACAUUUAUUGGACAUCUUGAUGUCAAAACAGUGAUUGGACAUCUUGAUGUCAAAACAGUGAUUGGAAAUUUUGAUGUCAAAACAGUGAUUGGACAUUUUGAUGUACCGGUAAAAAGAAAAAAGCUGUAUUGCAAUUGUUUAGCUUUUGCUGCCUUAAAGAAAACAGGAUUGCAUUCAGUUACAGCAAGCAAUGCUAACAUUCGCAAACAAUUUGAUUUGUUCCUGAUGUGGUCAUUCUGUUUAACAUGGAGAUAGAAAACCAGACUAGCAAGAAUUGUUUUUCUUUUUGCUAUAUCUGGCUGGACUAAGCCCAGUUGUUCAUCUAUUGGUGUCUCGUGGAAACUGUUCUCUACAUUUUGAUGUCUUGAAGAAAUUAAAGAAAACAGUUUUAAUACCAAAUAAAACAGUUGGCUGUCGUUCUUGUGUCUCAAAACAUUGUCUACUGUUUGAUGUCAAACAAAAACCAUUGUUUGAGAUCUCGAUGAACAGAACAUUGAACUUACUAGAACUUGUGAAUAUUAGACACAUAUUAAACAAGCAAGAGUAGUCCAGUGAUGAAAUCUUUAUUCUGAAGUCAACAAUUGGGUUGAUUUGGACGUUUAAAAUGCCAUUUACUUUAUUCUGAAGUCAACAGUUGGGUUGAUUUGGACGUUUAAAAUGCCAUUUACUUUAUUCUGAAGUAAAAACAGGCAGGUCAACUUGGAAUUUUAAAAAGCUGUUUACUUUAUUCUGAGGUCAAAAUAAACAUGCUGUCUUGGACUUAUAAAAAGCUGUUUACUUUAUUCUGAGGUCAAAAUAAACACGAUCCCCCUCCAAACCUCCCCCGAAGUUCCCUUGGCAUUCCAUCUCAUGUCACUGGGGCUCCCCUAAAUGGAUUUUCUGGAUCCGCCACUGGACCUUCAACAACCUACCAUGGUCAUAUCCAAGUGAGGUGCAAAGAUGACUGUUAUGGGCACCAUCUUAAACAUUACCAAAGACCUUCCAUCCAUACCAACAUUUGUUAAAAGCUGACCAGUCUAAAUAUUGGAUACUUGUGAGAUGAAAUGAGUCAACUCAACCUUGUUUAUUAUGCUGUCUAUUCAAAGAAGACUGCAAGAACCCUUGUAACAGCUACUGGGAUAAUAGAUUUGCAAAUCCUCCUGUGAAUGGCAGUCAACUUGUCAUCUCUUUAAAUGGAAAAUUAUCAACAGCAAGGUGGUUUUUCAGAACAAUUUUAUUUAUAACAAUUACAGUAAUUAGCCACAGCACUGAUUGCCCACAAGACAGUAACACUGAUCGACUAAUUAGGAACAGACUUUUGUACAUCUUUAAUUAAUAGUGCCAUUGCACAAAGAAACAUUUUAAGUAAGCUUAUAUAUGUGUGACCACACACGAAGAGGAAUAAGUAAGUAAGCUUAUAUAUGUGUGACCACACACGAAGAGGAAUAAGUAAGUAAGUAUAUACUGGAAUUGCUAUGUCAGUGUUUAGAAAGAUGAUAAGGACAAAUGAAUUGUGCAGGAAGACUAAAAUGAAAAAAACAUAACUAAACAUUUUCUGGUUCUAGGCAAGAAGGCAGAUUUGGCUUUAUCACACUGAUAUAGCCAUGGUGUUUUAUUGGUAUGUGUGUUGGGGGAGGCACCCAAACAAAUUCCUACCACAGUAAGUCCUGUUAGGAUUGUAAGACCGGCCAAUAUAUUAAAUGGACGAAAAACAAUGUGAUAUGAGGAGGGCGAUGGUCUCUGUGAUCGAAGGUGCCUGACCCCCUUGGAGGAGACUUCUGAACAGUAAUCUUUAUAUUUAUCUGGCCCUUACGACAGGUGAAAUCGGGAUAAGAAGAAAAUGUUCCAAGUUAUCAUUAGUUUAAAUAGACCAGCUCAGCUGAGGAUUCAGCUCUUUAAUACACAGGUAAUAAUCUUGACUACUAAGUCCACCUAUAUUGCCAUGUUAUACCACAACAGACUUACUGAAAGAAGUAAAAUUACAGUUGUGCUUUUAGAUUUGAGAUUUCCGCUUGCAAGAUUGUGGUCGGCAAAGAUUGUGGUCUGUGGUCAGCAAAGAUUGUGGUCUGUGGUCAGCAAAGAUUGUGGUCGGCAAAUUGUGGUUGGCCGAGGACAACUGUUCAGAAAUAUGAUUAACAAAUUAAUGUUGGUGUUGUCACUUUCUGCUAAUUCUUAACACACAGGCUGAGCUGAAAAUGUUGGUUAUGAAAGCAGAUUUAUUGAACUAUAUUUUAUUUGUGACUUAAAGCGACAACAGAAUCAUGGAUGAAGAUGCAGAUACAGUAACACCACUGUGUUUAGCUGUGUGUGUGUGUGAGCGAGUGUGUGAAUACCUCAGACUAGGAAACAUGCUGUUCAGGAAACCAAUAUCGCACUGUAUAAAAGGCUGGAUGGUUUCUAUAUAGACUAAAUAUUCUUGAAAACAAGUUUUGAAUUAGAAACUAGAACAUUACGACCACCUACCUCAAUUCCGAGGGAAGACUUUCUAUAAUUAGGACUGAACUAAAAUUACAUUUAAUGAAAUGGUUUCCGUGAUUUUGUAACAUGUACAUAUAUAUAUGUACUGACAUGUAUAUAUAUACAUAUACACUAAUGACAGCUGUUUUAAAUGAGAUGCCUUUCUAUGAUGGAUAUUAUCAAGUUACUGUGAUAAAUAUUUUUUAAUAAUGUUGUUGUGAUCAUGUUACAUAGCCAUGUUGUUUCUCUGUGUUCUUCUGUAGUAGGCCAUACCCUGUAUGUGAUAUCUAUAUAUAUUAUAACUUUGUUAACACAGACAGUAAUUUAAUGUAAUUUUUUAUAUUAUUAUUGAUUUAUUUUAACAGAUUUACCAAACUACAUGUAUUCUAAAAAUAAAAAAAAUAAAAAAAUCAUCAUUAUGUGCUGCAAUCUGACAGACUAGUAAAUCUAAAUUCGCCAUGGUUCAUAUUAUGUUCAUUCAGUACUAUAACUGAUUUUUAUUUUUGACUGGCCAUCGCACAAAGAUCCAAUUUUGAACUGCCAUUUUGAUUUCCAUUGUUUUGGAAAAGAUGUAGCAAAAUUUCCAUGUCAUUGAUCACCAUGUUUUAAAAUAAUUUAUGCAAAAAAUUUCAAUUAAUUAAAAAAAAAAAAAAAUCUUUAAAAUAUCAAAUAUAUCAAUCAAUUUACUGUUAAAAUAGUCAGGUUACAGCAAAGUCAUCUUUUCAAGCCUAGUAUCCAGUUCAGGGGUCAAAACAGCCCUAUCCCAGCUGCCUCACCCAAGCAAAUUUUCUCCUUUUUUUCCAAUAUAUUUUAUAGGGUAGCAUGACUUGAUCUCCUCAUGAACAUCACUAGCCACACUCUAGAUCCCCUGCACAUGUGCCCGCUAUUCUGUACCACCUCCAUACAUGUAUCUAACCCUGGCACACAUAGCAGGGUUUUCUGAUGUUGGAAGUAUUAAACAUCCUGCGUUACUAUCAGUUUAAAAAAGUGAUAUAUGUCCCUUGCAUAAUGGCACUGCUGACCUAUCACAGCACAGUUAAUAUUUGACAAACCCAGUGAGAUGCAUUCGUAAUAAUCAAAUAAAAUGUUAUGACAGCAAUUUGACUUCAAAAGUUUAUUAACUACAGUAGGUAUAUACAAAGUGAUGUCAUUUCAUUAUAGUGAUGUCAUUGAAGUUUUAAAAUGUAAUGUUUGUCAAUACAUCAUGGCAAAUAAAUGGACAUGGCCAUUGUUUACUAUAGCAACCAAAAAAUAACGAGCAACGUGAUUCUCUCAACCAAGUCUUAAUUACUACUUACUAAUUACUGCAUCCAAUGAAAUUGAAGUACUUCUGACAUCAGAAAAUUGGGUUUUGGACUGGGCCAAACAUCCAAUCAAAUGGCUAAAAUUUUACACUACCAAACCCAUAUUUUAAAAUUCUUAUCCAGGAGACCAAAAAAUGCUUAUGCUGAAGUAUUACAUGGCCCAUUGAUUCUGUACAAUGUAUUUCUGAAAGGUGGGAUGGGUUUUGGGGGUUUUUGGGUGAAAUUCUGCUAUGCACUAGUUACAAUAGGACACUGUCUUGAGAUCAACGGCUGUGGUAUGUGCUGUCCUGUGUGAUAAAGUAUAUAUAAAAGAUACCUUGCUACUAAUGGGAAAAUGUAGCGGGUUUCACCUGAAAACUCAGAAUUAUCAAAUGUUUGAUAUCCAAUCGCCGAUAAUUAAUCAAUGUGCUCUAGUGGUGUCAUUAAACAAAGAGAAUCUUUAAUUGUCUUGAGCUUCUGUCUAUGUUAGGAAAUAACUAAAAACUUGCUUGAUGUAUAAAAAUGUGUAUUCAAAGCAAGAAGUUGUGUUUCAACUGGAUGUACUUUACAUUGUUUUUACAGGAUCAUGUACCUUUAAUAGAAUUAAUAGUACACUGAGGAAACCUAGGUGAAAGGGUUAAUCUAUAUAAUAUAUACAAAAUUAAUUAAGGGCCAGUUGAUGGUUUGGUCAGUUUUUGUCAAGUUUUGAUCACAGAGAAUUUUUAAGCGUUGAAUGAGUAAAUUUUGACAACUGAAGCAAGUUGUAAAACCAUAAAACAAGUAAAUUUUGACCACUCAUGCAAGCUUGUAAAACAAAAAAAUAAGUAAUUUUUUUUUUUAAAUACCAAGUAAAUUUUGACCACUCAUGCAAGCUUGUAAAACCAAAACAAAAAAAAGAGUAAAUUUUGACCACUUAUCUCACUGUUUAAGGGGAGCAAUCACUGUAAUUUUUAGUUUCCCUUAGCAUGUGGAUUUACGUGGUGUUGGCAGUGUAAUGUCUUAAAUGGCUCCCCAUAGUCUAAGUCAGAGAAGCAAUCAAUCACUCACCUCAGUUUAUUUUCACAUCAAGGUCUGUUGGUCUAUAUAUAUAUAAAGGAAAAUGCACAAAAUAUCUACUAGCCCCUAAUUAAUUUUGUUGAGUAUACUGUUGAUCAUUGUUGGUUUCCUCAUGUCGAUGUGUAUGACAAAGUGGCAAAGUAUAUUUCUCUCAUUCUUUUAAAUGUUUACAAUUUCAAACUUGAAAACGUUUUUUUCUGUCAAAUUUCAUGAAAUUGUAAAUGAUUUUAAAUCAUAAAUGGAGAAAUGUCUUCACAAUUAGUGCUUGUAAGGCCAGACUUGUAGACUUAGGUUGUUUUAUUGAGUUCUGUAAUGAGUUAAAGACUUAGUUAUUGUUUAAAUGCAUUGUACUAAGACAAAAACGUUUAGCAAUUUGGUAAAUGUGCUUACAUGAAAGAAAACUUUACUUUCAACGUGAAAUCAGACACUGCAUUGAUGAUGCAUCAUUUGUCAGUAUAAGUACAGUAGUGGGAGAUUUAAAAAUACAAAAUUAGCAUUCUUGCUCUUCACUACAAAUACAGUGAAACCCUCGUAAAUCUGACCCUCAUUUACAUAUUAUAAGUAGUACAGAAGAGAACCUCUACACCAGACAUGCCUUGAAACUGGACUUUGUUCGGUGGUGUCCGGUUUAGAGGGAUUUAAUUUACAAGUAAAAACCUAAGUAGUUACUGGGUUUUACAACUGAAAGAGAUCUUUUAUUUAUAUUUUUGCUAUAAUUCUGUGAAACAGGAUUUGAAGAUUCAUAAAUUGUUGCUUUGUAUUUACACUAACGAUUGUAGUUUAUAUUAUAUACUUAAGAACUGUACAGUUAUUACGCAGUUUAUUUGUGACAUACAAGAAGAGAAAAAUUAUAAAUUAUUGCAUAAAUAGCAUUGUUUCUCCACCUUUUAGUUCAGAUGUUGUUACCUCUAUUCCCCAUCAAUAUUUUUGCUGUUUCUUUUUCAAUAAAAUCAUGGUAACAUUUUUGUCAUUUCAUAAUUACAAAGAAAAAAAAUCGUGAUCAUACAAAUAAAAGUAAAAAAAAUGAAA